UGCGUGGAGGUGACGUGAUGGUUGAGUGGCCCCGCCCUUCCCAGAGUCCUUUUUCCAGAGCGGCCCUAGUGCAGGGAUGCAAAAGCCAGCUGUCAUUGUCCUCCACGGCACAGGGUAUGAGAGUGACAACCACACGACGCCCAUCCUCUGUGGUGCCCAGUACAGAAUACAUACCCACGGCGUCUUCAGGGGCAUUCAGGAUGUGCGACGUGUGCCUGGAGUUGCCCCAACUCUUGUCCGGUCGGCAUCUGAGACCAGUGAGAAACGCCCCUUCAUGUGUGCUUACCCGGGCUGCAAUAAGAGAUAUUUUAAGCUGUCUCACUUACAGAUGCACAGCCGGAAGCACACUGGUGAGAAACCAUACCAGUGUGACUUCAAGGACUGUGAACGCAGGUUUUCUCGUUCAGACCAGCUCAAAAGACACCAAAGGAGACACACAGGUGUGAAACCAUUCCAGUGUAAAACUUGCCAGCGAAAGUUCUCCCGGUCUGACCACCUGAAGACCCACACCAGGACUCAUACAGGUAAAACAAGUGAAAAGCCCUUCAGCUGUCGGUGGCCCAGUUGUCAGAAAAAGUUUGCCCGCUCAGACGAAUUAGUCCGCCAUCACAACAUGCACCAGAGAAACAUGACCAAACUCCAGCUGGCGCUUUGAGGGGGUCCGACCGGGGGACAUGCCUGUGUCCCAGGCAGGACGGUGUGUGAACUCCUUUCAAAUCUGACUUUAAAAUUCCUCCUCACUCACCUCUCUAAGAAGGAAAUGGCCGGUGGUCGUCUUCAACCAGCUUCCAAGACAAGAUGGCUGUGCUGCUGGAUCCCGCCAGGUUUGCCCCAGGCCGCUGGGUUCUGCUUGGCUGGCUUUUCCAGAGACCCUGGAGAAGUGGCUGACAAGGUCCAGUUAGUUCAAAGCCCAUCUCUGCGAUUUGGUCUGGGUUUUCCACUGGGAGAAGAGCCAUUGUUGGUAACGUCCCCCCGGCCCCCUCUUCUCCUUUUACGUUCCUUUUCACUAGGAAUGGAGUCACUGUACUAUUUUCCAUCAUAGAAUAUGGGGCAUGUGUAUGUGUCUGCUAAUGUAAACUUUGUCAUGGUUUCCACUUACUAACAGCCAGAAAUAAAUCAGAGAGCAAGGCACCGGGGCUGAGCCCCGUCUGACAUUCCGGAGGCUAGGCAGGCCGCUAACCUGGACAGCGCGAUGUACUGCUCCCAGGCCUCUGAAAAGACAUGUGUGUUUCAAGCAGCCUAAGAAAGAAUCAGAACUAACCAGUACCUCUGUAGAGAAAUCAAAAAGAAUCUUCCCGUUGAGCUAAUUCAAUGUUAACAUUUGCACAAUGCUGUUAAGAAGCUGUGCUUGGAGAUCUGAGAUUUGGGGUUUAUUUUUGACUUUUUGGAGUUAUAAUCACAUUCCUCUUCAGAGAUGUACAUCUCUCCUCACACAAAGGAAGUGGAAUUCAUUUUUAUCAUCUGGGGUGUCCUUAGAAUGUACAGACCAUGUUGGGUAUGUGGCUUCAAGUUGUAAAAAUUAAGUGAUUCUAGAAGAAAAUUGGGCUGGUCCAGCAUCCCCACUGAUAAGACUAUUGUUAAGUAACUUUGAGUCUAACAGUGUAUGUGGCAAGAUGAGACUUACUAGUGUGAGGAAAUCCAUUGUUUAAAGGUGGUUGAGUGUGUGUGUGCGUGUGUGUGUCUGUGCAUGUGUGCUAAAGGAGGGUGUUUAUUAUUUACUGUUGCUUGAAAUUAUUGUGUAAAUGUAUAUAUCUGAUCAUGAUUUGCUCUUUGACAACUAAACUUAGGAAAUGUGUAAAUGUUAGAUGCAUCACUGUUUUGGUGUUGAUCUUACAACUUAUCAAUGAUAACACUAAAAAUGUAACCUGCAUUUUUCACUUCACUCUCAAUUAAAGUCUAUUCAAAAGGAAA